AGAAACAAUUGUUAUAUUAAAGAAUCUAAAGAAUUCAUUUAUAAAACUAACAAUAAUAAUAACACUAUUAUCUUUGCUAUUACUUUAACAGAAAUUAUUUUAUUUUAUUUUAUUUGUUGUUGAAAUAAAAGAAAUUAAAGAAAUAUGAAUGAUUCUUUCCUAGAAGACUUGGAAUUAGUAUCUACUGAUGUUAAAACUGUAAAUGCUUAUUCAGUAGAUCGUCACAUAACAACAAGGAAUGCAACAUCUUCUCCUUUGCAACAAUUGCGGCCAAAUAGGGGAGAGAAUGUGCAAUCUGAAAAACAACCUAAGAAAGAAUUGAAUACAAGAGAUGUAAAAAAAUUGUCUGAACAUGAUACAAAAAAACAACAAAUAAGAAUAAAAACAUCUGAAAGAAAAGAUAAACUCGUUGAAUCAAAAUUGAAACCAAUUGAGAAUAAGGUGAAAAGUGAUGGAAAAGAACAAGAUGUUCAAGAUGAGAGUAAAACAAAGAAUAAAGAAUCAAGAAUAAGAAUUUCUGAAAGCAAGAUAAUAGUGAAAGAUAAAGUACGCCGUUCUGGAAGUAGUAAGGAAAAUGUCCAAACCUCAGAUGUAUUUGCCAAGGAAAAUAAUAGGCCUCCAGAUUACUCAAAAGAAGGAACUUCCCAAGUGGAAGAAAAAACUAAGGAAAAAACAAAAACUCAUGAUAUUAGAAAAGUAGAAUCUAGAGAAAUUGAUCCUGUUGCACUUCUUAAUGCCAUUAAGGAUAUUGUGAGUAUAUGCACAAAACAGGAAAGCACAAAAAUUUUAAAAGCAAUGCAAGAAUUGCAUAUUAACUCUCAAGCAAAUCUGAUUAAACAUUUGUUGUGUCAAACAGAUGACAUAAUUAAUGAAAUGCAUCCUAGUAAAGAAUCAAAUAGAGUGAAAAGUUUAAUUGCACAAAAUGAAAGAUUACAAGAGGAUAUUGUUAUGUUACAAAAAAGAAAUGAAGAACUUAACAAGAAGAUGGAAGAGUUUGAAUUCUUAAAACAGGAGAAUAUUGCAUUGAAAUUGAAAUGUAAGGAAUUGUCUAAACAAUAGCAAAAAUGUACACUUUUCUGAUUCUGUGUAUUCAGAAUUUGUCCAUGAAAAGUACCAUUCCACUGUUGUUGUUAUUCUGUAAUUAUCAAAUAUCAUUAAUAUAUUAUUAAUUAUCAAUUAUUAAUACUAUAUGAAAUGAACAGAUUUGCAAAAUUCUCGAAAUAAAAAAAAAAUAAUACUAAUAUAUACAU